UCAAGUGGGAUUUGGCAAUGACUGGGAAGAAGGGGGGAUCUGUGUGCAUGGAGCAACUCUCCUUCUGUUUGUUCAUGAGCAUCUGCUGUGGCUGGUGGUAUCAGCCAGUCAGCACAGCCAAGCCCAAAGGCCAAGGGCACCCCCACAUGAACUCCAUUCGCCUUGAUGGGGAUAUCACUUUAGGAGGCCUCUUUCCUGUCCAUGGACGGGGCUCUGAGGGAAAGGCCUGUGGAGAGCUAAAGAAGGAGAAGGGGAUUCAUCGCCUUGAGGCCAUGCUUUUCGCUCUGGACCGAAUCAACAAUGAUCCUGAUCUACUUCCAAAUAUCACUUUGGGGGCCCGCAUCCUGGAUACCUGUUCUCGAGACACACAUGCUUUGGAGCAGUCCCUCACCUUUGUUCAGGCCCUAAUUGAGAAGGACAGUACUGAGGUGCGUUGCGUUAAUGGGGGGCCACCUAUCAUCACAAAGCCAGAACGUGUGGUUGGGGUAAUUGGUGCCUCUGGCAGCUCUGUUUCCAUUAUGGUGGCCAACAUCUUGCGCCUCUUCAAGAUUCCUCAGAUAAGCUAUGCUUCCACUGCCCCUGACCUGAGUGACAACAGCAGAUAUGACUUCUUUUCCCGCGUUGUCCCUUCAGACACUUACCAAGCCCAGGCUAUGGUAGACAUUGUCAAAGCUUUCAAGUGGAAUUAUGUUUCAACUUUAGCUUCUGAAGGGAGCUAUGGUGAAAGUGGAGUAGAAGCUUUCAUCCAGAAAUCCAGGGAGAAUGGGAGCGUGUGUGUGGCACAAUCAGUCAAGAUUCCCAGGGAGCCCAAAGAGGGAGAAUUUGAUAAGAUCAUUCGACGCCUUCUGGAAACAUCCCAUGCUCGAGCUGUCAUCAUAUUUGCCAAUGAAGAUGAUAUCAAGAAUGUUUUGAUGGCAGCAAAGCGAGCCAAUCAGACUGGGCACUUCAUCUGGAUGGGUUCUGACAGCUGGGGUUCCAAAAUUGCCCCUGUGAGAGAUGUGGAAGAGGUUGCAGAAGGAUCUGUCACCAUCUUGCCCAAAAGGGCAUCUGUUAGAGGUUUUGAUCGCUAUUUCUCUAGUAGGACACUGGACAAUAAUCGACGGAACAUUUGGUUUGCUGAAUUUUGGGAGGAUAACUUUCACUGCAAGCUAAGCCGCCAUGCUCUCAAGAAAGGAAGUGCUCUCAAAAAGUGUACAAAUCGAGAGCGGAUUGGCCAGGAUUCUGCUUAUGAGCAGGAAGGAAAGGUGCAGUUUGUCAUUGAUGCAGUCUAUGCCAUGGGUCAUGCACUGCACAAUAUGCACAAGAACUUGUGUCCAGGGAAGAUUGGUCUUUGCCCCAAGAUGGAUCCAGUAGAUGGUGCAGAGUUGCUCAAAUAUAUUCGGAAUGUCAAUUUCUCAGGUAUUGCUGGAACCCCAGUGACAUUUAAUGAGAAUGGAGAUGCUCCAGGCCGCUAUGACAUCUACCAGUACCAGCUCAAGAAUGCUACACCUGAGUACAAAGUUAUUGGACAUUGGGCAGAUAAUCUAAACUUAAAAAUGGAACGCCUGCAUUGGCCUGGGGGAGGCAAUCGUCUGCCCACCUCCAUUUGCAGCCAGCCAUGCAGGCCAGGCGAAAGGAAGAAGCUGGUGAAGGGCAUCCCAUGCUGCUGGCACUGUGAGCGCUGUGACGGAUACCAGUAUCAGCAAGAUGAGUUCCACUGCAAGGUGUGCCGUCUCAGUGAGCGCCCCAAUGAGAACCACACUGGCUGCAUCCCCAUCCCCAUUGUUAAACUGGAGUGGAGCUCUCCUUGGGCUGUGGUGCCAGUUUUCAUUGCCAUUGUGGGCAUCAUUGCCACCCUCUUUGUGGUGGUGACAUUUGUGCGCUACAACGACACACCUAUUGUCAAGGCCUCAGGGCGGGAACUAAGCUAUGUACUGCUGACGGGUAUCUUCCUUUGCUAUGCCACCACCUUCCUGAUGAUUGCUGAGCCUGACCUGGGCACCUGCUCCUUGCGGCGUGUCUUUCUGGGCCUGGGCAUGAGCAUCAGUUAUGCUGCCUUGCUGACCAAAACCAAUCGCAUCUAUCGCAUCUUUGAACAGGGCAAGAAGUCGGUCAGUGCCCCACGCUUUAUCAGCCCUGCUUCCCAGCUGGUCAUCACCUUCAGCCUCAUAUCUCUGCAGCUCCUAGGGGUCUGCAUCUGGUUCAUUGUGGACCCUUCACACUCCAUCAUCGACUAUGAGGACCAGCGGACUACAGACCCCCGCUUUGCCCGGGGAGUCCUCAAGUGUGACAUUUCUGACCUAUCCCUCAUCUGUUUGCUUGGAUACAGCAUGCUGCUCAUGGUAACCUGCACUGUGUAUGCUAUAAAGACCCGUGGGGUUCCUGAGACCUUUAACGAAGCCAAGCCCAUUGGGUUUACCAUGUACACUACUUGCAUUGUCUGGUUAGCCUUCAUUCCUAUCUUCUUUGGGACAUCACAGUCAGCUGAGAAGAUGUACAUUCAGACCACGACAUUGACCAUCUCAGUGAGCCUAAGCGCCUCCGUCUCAUUAGGCAUGCUCUACAUGCCAAAGGUCUACAUAAUCCUCUUCCACCCAGAGCAAAAUGUGCCCAAACGAAAGCGCAGUCUCAAAGCAGUUGUGACAGCAGCCACAAUGUCCAACAAGUUCACUCAGAAAGGAGGCUUUCGUCCCAAUGGAGAGGCCAAAUCAGAACUGUGUGAAAAUCUGGAAACACAAGCUCUGGCCACCAAACAGACGUAUGUCAGCUACAGCAACCAUGCAAUUUAAACCCAGCCAGUGGCAACUACCACAAGAAAAGGGCUGAUGAGGAGGAUGAACCAGAAAGUGCAGCUGAACUCUUCAGUACAGAUGAUGUUAUUAUGGUGGAAGAGAGGGUAAAACCAAAUCUGACUCCAUGAAGGCAUCAUACCGGUGCUUGUUUCCAGUGACUGGGAUAUUGGAGGAAGCUCUUCAGAAAGAUGGCCACCAACAGUAGUAGAAAGGACCAACCAAGUUACCCCUCGAAAAAUAUCUGCCUUCCAUUAGAGGGAGAGGAACCAAUGAGAUGAAGAAAUGGACAGGUCUUAAGCAUCUUCUUUUGCAUUUUUUCCCCUGUAUCUUGGCAAAAGAUUGAAUAAAUUUCCCUUUUAUUCCCUGAAUUGUGAAAUGGUUUGUGGUUGUGAAGUCUUUUUUUUUUCUCUUAUUUUUUCCCUUCCCCCCCUUUUCUAUCUUUUCAUUCCUAACUUCUGACUCCGUCAUCUAUUCCUCACCUCGCUUUCUUUUCUAUCUCCCCCUUUCCUCCUUACUGAAUUCUCUGUGUUGCAAAAAUAACAAAAGUCCUUUAAAAAAACACAAAAAAACCAUCAUCAACAACAAAAAUGAAAACAAAACCUAGACUGUGUUCAAAGUGCUGAUUUCUAUAGGUGGUAAAUUAAUGUAUGUGAUGACCAUAUGGAUUGAAAUAUGUCUGCUUCAAUGUACUGACCAAUCAAAAAUUAUAAAAAACAAAAAAAAUCAAAAGUUCAGUGCCUGGAUGUUUAUGAAAUUAUUCAAUGACAAUGUGUAGAGCAUGAUCAUUUUUAUACCAGAAUAUUUCUAAUAAAAACUUGGUUUUGCACUCA